UCGCUGCAAGUGUUGUAAGUGUUAUGUGUAACGUUUUCGUUGCGUUCCCCUGCCUUGCGUUCCGGCCACACCGACCGUCGCAUGCACUACCACCACGUUGAGUGAGUCCUGCACGUAACACGAAAUCCUCCGAGAGCAUUUGCUGAUGGCUAGCGCUAUCAGGCUGGCAGUCUCGCAGCUGCCCGAGCUCACGCGCCGACUUGAGAGAUUCUUCCCGCUCUCGCUGAAGGCUUACUACCUCGCGCAGAGCGUGCACGGGGGACAGUGGAGCGGCGUCGAAUUCGUCGUCGACGACUGGCCCGACUUUGGCGCUCUCGUCUAUCGACCGGCGAAAGGCAGCGACGGCAAACACUUCUCAAAAUUCACGGCCAAGAACUACGGCCUGUACGGAGAGAGCAGGGAGAGACUGACCCGUCUGCUAAGUAUUCCGGGCAUCGUUAACUGGGAGAAAGAUGCGAUCUUCUCUGCCGUUAGAGUUGAGACCGAGUUGGACGCGCUGAGAGACGCUACCGGCGAACGCGGUAAGCUCGUGGAUGGCGAGCCAGCUAGAAUGUACUACAGAGAGAUAGACGAGCAACUGCCAGACUGUUCUCUGCCGGACGGUUGGACAGCGACCAAGAUUCCUCAGGAUGCAGUCGGAAAGCUGAUGCAAAACUGGGCAUUUGGUACGACAGAAGGAGCCGAGGAGUACAUUAAGCAAUGCCUGCAGUUUCCCAGCUGUGCUCUGUGGGAUGCGAAAGGCGAGAUGAUGGGCUGUCUGAUGUCGCACGAGUACGGCAGCAACGGGCUCCUAUUCGUCGACAAGUCCGUACGCAGGCAAGGAGUCGCUCUGGAGCUUGCUCAUCGCCUUCAAAAGGCAAUGUUGGAGGCGGGCAGGAAGAACACAUUCGUCUACGCGGCUUACAGCAACGAAGCUGCGCAUCAGUUUGCACACGCUACGGGCUUCAGCGUCGUACCGAAGGGCGACUCCCUCCGCUGCUACUACACACCGGCAUCUGCCAAGCUCUAGCUAUCGUAGGCCACGCCGCUGAUCCACCCAUGCUCGGGUGCGGGGUGGCAUAUACGGCUUCGUACUGUGGUAAUGGUUAUUAGUUACUACAUGUAGCGUGCAUUACGACAUCGGCAUCGAGGUCAUCGUGCUGGCAUAGUUACCAGCGCGUAUUCUCUCUCAUUCAUGCCAAAAGUAAUUAGGGAUUCCUUUACGCAAGCUACUUCAAGGAAGUUGCACAGACAGACUAUAGA